GGAAGGCGGUGAGCGGAAGAGGCCUACUACGGCAGCCCGGGGAGGCCCUACUUGCGUCGGCACGCACAUGCGGAGCGGCCGGGCGGCGGAGUGCUGAGUCGGGGUGGCUGCGUGCCCAGCGCCUUUCUUCCUCCUCCUCCUCCGCCGCCGCCGCCGCCGCCGCUUCCUCCUCCUCCUCGCUCCGCCGGCCCUUCCUCGGUUCUCCCUCAGGAGGAGGCUCGUCGAGGCGCAGGGGCUUCUGGGAGGGCGAACAAAAUGGAGGCGAACGGCAGCGGGAGCAGCAGCGACUCGGCUCCCGACUGUUGGGACCAAGCGGAGGUCGAGCCCGGCGCCGGAGACAACAACGACGACGCCUCCGCUUCCGCCUCCGGGGCUCCCUCCGCCGAGGAGGAGGCGGCGUCGGCGGCGUCGGCGGGUGCUCCGAUGGCGUCCCCGCUGGAGCUGGACGAGGAGCAGCUGCUGGGCGCGGCGUUCAGCCGGCACCUCAACGUCAACGCCAAGCCCUUCGUGCCCAAUGUCCACGCCGCCGAGUUCGUGCCGGCCUUCCUCAGGGGACCCGGCCCCGGACCCCCGCCCGCGCAGCAGCCGCCGCCGCCGCCGCCCUCCACGACGCCUUCGGCCGCCACGACGACGCCGACGCCCCCGGCUCACGAGGCAUCAGCAGAAUCUUUACAAGAGGAGCAGCCAUCAUCUUGCGAAGGUUCAAAUGUUGCAGUUAGUAUGGAUGUCUCAGAGCCAGUUGUAGAAAAUGGCGAAACAGAAAUGUCCCCUGAAGAAUCAUGGGACCACAAAGAAGAAGCCAUUGAAACUGAAUUAGCAAGCGGACCUUCUGGCGAUGCAGGGGCUAUUGACGAGGGUAUUCCAGAAAUGAUGGAAGAAGAGGAGGAGAUACCAAAACCUAAAUCAUUGGUAGCACCACCUGGUGCUCCCAAAAAGGAACAUGUAAAUGUAGUGUUCAUUGGACAUGUAGAUGCUGGUAAAUCAACAAUUGGAGGACAAAUAAUGUACUUGACAGGCAUGGUUGAUAAAAGAACGCUUGAAAAAUAUGAAAGAGAAGCUAAAGAAAAAAACAGAGAAACAUGGUAUCUUUCAUGGGCCUUAGACACAAAUCAGGAAGAACGGGACAAAGGUAAAACAGUGGAAGUGGGCCGUGCCUAUUUUGAAACAGAGAAGAAACACUUCACUAUUUUAGAUGCUCCAGGCCAUAAGAGUUUUGUCCCAAAUAUGAUUGGUGGAGCUUCUCAAGCUGAUCUAGCUGUGUUGGUUAUAUCUGCAAGAAAAGGAGAAUUUGAAACUGGCUUUGAGAAAGGGGGGCAAACAAGAGAGCAUGCCAUGUUAGCAAAAACAGCAGGAGUAAAACAUUUAAUAGUUCUAAUUAAUAAAAUGGAUGAUCCGACUGUGAACUGGAGCAAUGAAAGGUAUGAAGAGUGUAAAGAGAAACUUGUGCCAUUCUUGAAGAAAGUUGGCUUCAAUCCCAAAAAAGAUAUUCACUUCAUGCCCUGCUCAGGACUAACUGGAGCAAACCUCAAGGAGCAAUCAGACUUCUGUCCUUGGUAUACUGGGCUUCCAUUUAUUCCAUAUCUGGAUAACCUGCCAAACUUCAACAGAUCAGUUGAUGGACCAAUAAGGCUGCCAAUUGUCGAUAAAUAUAAGGAUAUGGGCACGGUGGUUCUGGGAAAGCUGGAAUCAGGCUCUAUUUGCAAAGGACAGCAACUUGUGAUGAUGCCAAAUAAGCACAAUGUUGAAGUCCUUGGAAUCCUUUCUGAUGAUGUAGAAACUGAUGCUGUAGCUCCAGGUGAAAACCUGAAGAUCCGACUGAAGGGAAUUGAAGAAGAGGAGAUCCUACCAGGAUUUAUACUCUGUGAUAUUAAUAACCUGUGUCAUUCAGGGCGCACUUUUGAUGCUCAGAUAGUGAUAAUUGAACACAAAUCCAUCAUCUGUCCUGGUUAUAAUGCGGUGCUGCACAUUCAUACAUGUAUUGAAGAAGUUGAGAUCACAGCCUUAAUCUGUUUGGUAGACAAAAAAUCAGGAGAGAAAAGCAAAACCCGGCCUCGUUUUGUCAAACAAGAUCAAGUAUGCAUUGCCCGUUUAAGAACGGCAGGAACUAUCUGCCUUGAAACAUUUAAAGAUUUCCCUCAGAUGGGUCGCUUCACCUUAAGAGAUGAGGGUAAGACCAUUGCAAUUGGAAAAGUUCUGAAAUUGGUUCCAGAGAAGGACUAAGCAUUGUGUUGACAAAACCUGCACAAAUAUUGUGAGGGGGGAAAUGACUCUGCAGAAGCCUAUUUCACAUCGCCUUCUUAUUUUCUUCCCAUUUAUAACUUUCUCCCUAUAUUUCGUAAAGAUAACUUUUCAGAGCAAAGGUCCACAUUGUGUCAGCUUUCUCAUAUUGAGAGCUCUGCUAUGCCACUAUUGAAUUUCCCUCUAAGGUUCCUCCCACCUCCUAAAUUCUGUUUCCUUGGAAAAAUUUGGCAAUAGCUUUAUAAGUGAUGUGGACAUACUUGCCUAGAAUUAUGAGGAAAAAAAACAAACUAUAGAAUUUAUGUUAAUUCUCCCCUCCCAGCAUAUUGAAAGAUUUUUCAAGGCAGAUCAUUCAGUGUGCGAGUCUGCGUGCACGUGUUAUAAAGACAAUUACCGUGUUAAUAAACUAUUCAAUUUGAAAUCUUUUUGGUAUCUUAAUUGCUUUUAAAUAAUGUUUUUAUCCAGAUGUAACACCUGUUGGAUUAGCUUUUAACUCGCCAAGUAAUCUGAAUCCUCAGUUACUUAGGCCUUCCUAAAACCCAGCUCUAUCCUUUGCUGUCUCCCCAGCCAAGUUUAAUGAUAAAACAAUUAGAUAAUUUGACAAAAUUUGUACUUAAGAAACUUUCUUUUUCCAUUUCCUUAUGAUGUUUUUCAAAAAUCUUAAUAUGCUCAUGCAACUAUUUAAUUCGUGUUGCAGCACUAUGCACAAAAUUAACCUAACAUAAUUGUUGAGACACAAAGGUGUCUUCCUGUUGUGCUCUGGAGUACAUUAUCAAAUUCUAGCCAACAAAUAUUAGGAUGUUACUUGACAACUCAGUCAAUAAUACUGGUAUACAAUAUUCAGUCUCAACUGAGCUCAACUAUUAGUUGAUAAUCCAAGUUCAUGAUGAUAAAAAUUCAUUUUGUCUUUAAUUUGAAAGACUGGAGAAUCUGUGUGCGUUUUUCUUUAAGAGAUUUGAAUUGAGCCAGAUGGGCCUUACAUAAGUAGUUUGUAUUCAGCGUUCAGCUGACAGCAGCUGGAUAACAUCGCACUGAACUGAUACAAUUUAAUAUUGAAGGUUUUCUCAUUAGAAUUGGGUUUGUAACAAACGCAGGCUAUAAAUUUCUGCACAUGAAAGCAUUCUGAGCUAGAGGGAGGCAAAGUGAAUUACAGGAUUUGUGGUUGGCAGUUCAAAGGAACGGUAGCAAAGCAUAUAUUUGUGCAUAGAUGGCGCAUGGGAUCUGUGCCAUUGUGAAACAAACUGGAGGGAAAGCAGAAAGUGAUUUAUGUGCAAUGAUGCUCAAGUAUUUAAUGGCAAUCUCCACUAUUAGUUUCAUAUAGAAGGCUGGUUCCCAAAAUGGUCCAAAAUGCUUUUCUGAUUAUAUCUUUUACAACUGUAUGUUCAAAGAGUAAUGUGCCCUUUCCCCAAGGUGCAGUCAUGUGACUGUUUCUAAAUUUGAAAUGUUUGCCCCCUCUUUGUUUACUUGUAAUCAUGGAACUCCCAUCCAUUUCACGUAAGGCUACAUUGUAUGGACAAAGCAAAGUUGAUUGUCCUUCAGUUUCAUAUGACUACACUUGUAGCUGCCGUAAUGCAUGAAAAAAUUAAAUAAAUUUUAUUAUGUCUGCA